GGCUGUUCCCGAGUUCCCGCGCAAACGAGCGAUCGGCGCCAAAAUAUCCGACGUGCAUGCGCACUACCGUUAACCGUCGUGGUUGCGCGGGCCGCGGCUUCAUUCGGCUUUCAGCGUUCGGUCUUGGCGUGUCGGCACGAUUCCGUAAACGCAUCUUCGUAUCUAUCUCACUUCCUCCCCGUUCCUCCUUCGUGCAAGGAAAAAGCAAACGUACUUGAUUUAACGGCAAGACAUGUCUGGACGCGGCAAAGGUGGUAAGACCAAGGGGAAGGCGAAGACCCGCAGCAGCAGGGCUGGGCUGCAGUUUCCUGUGGGAAGGAUUCAUCGUCUUCUCAGGAAAGGUAACUACGCGGAACGCGUUGGUGCCGGUGCUCCCGUUUAUCUCGCCGCCGUGAUGGAAUAUCUGGCUGCCGAAGUGCUAGAGUUGGCUGGAAAUGCUGCCAGGGACAACAAAAAGACUAGGAUAAUCCCGCGCCACUUGCAACUGGCCAUUCGUAAUGACGAAGAAUUGAAUAAAUUGUUGUCCGGAGUGACCAUUGCUCAAGGUGGAGUCCUGCCUAAUAUCCAAGCGGUUCUGCUGCCGAAGAAGACCGGUACCGGUGGCUCUGGAAAGGGCGACAAGGCGUCGCAGGAAUAUUAGAUUAUUACACGUUUAUAACUUUAACCGUAAUUCUAGAGACAUGCCUUUAUUUCGCAAAACCGGAGGAAAAGGAACGAAUGUCCUUACAAUCUGUGCAACAGGGCUGGUUUUACAUGGUUGACGAUAAAAUUGUGGAGAUUAAUAACAAACAUCGGUUGCGUUCAGCAGAGAAAGCAGCUUUGCCACUGUUGUAAAAUGCUUUGAUAUGACUGGUCUUUUACUCUUAGUUCUUUACUGGAAUUAAAUAUAUAAACCAAUCGUAUCAAAGAAUUUUACAGUUAGUUGCAAAGCUGCUUUCUCUGCCGAAUGCUCAACCAUUACAUUAUCAUAUUGAUUUCCUUGUUAUUCCAUCAAUUUUCACGAAUUCAGAUUUGUGAACGUUCUUUUUUCUCUAUUUUAUUUUAUUGACAACCACCUGCAAGCGAAUUUUUAUUGCGUUUAUGUGGAGUUAGAUAUUACCAUUUCGAUUUUUAUGUUUUCUGCUAAAUCCUGUCCUGAAUACCGUUGAAAGUAUUGUAUUUAAUUAAUAAUUGCCAUGUUGAUGAGGUAUAUUUGAUAAUUAUGUCUUAAUUAGAAACCAGUGAACGGUAACCCAAAAUUUCUGUUUUAAUUUGAAGAUUACGUAACUAUUAAUGAAUUACUUAUGCAUGUUUUAUUUAUGAUACAAUUUUAUCUUAUUUAAAUGCUACUGUUACAGUUAUACAUGUUUCCUGCACGCAAAUACAAACGUACACAUUUCUCGUUUAUUCUUUUUAUUCUAAUUUUAGACUUUAGCAUCAUUAAUUUUAUUCUACUGUAUAUCCUAUUACUGAAGAUUUGAAAAGAUUGUAUUAAUGCUUGAAUGUUUUUGUUAAAUGUAAACGAUAUUGAUGCAAAAAUAAAUAGCAUUGCGUCCCUAUGUGAAGAUUCAAUUCGCAAAUGCGUGUAAUCCUCAUUUAAAUAUAUGAAAAUAAAACUUCGUUAUA